AUGAUUCCUCAUCUUCCCGUAGAACUUCUUCUCACAAAGAUCGCCCGUCUCUCCUCCCAAAAGGAACUCGUACCUCUUUGUCUUGCGAACUGGCAAUGGCAUGACAUCGCGAUCAGAGAGCUCUAUAAGAGCAUACACCUCUGUGAGACAUGUAGACCAAUUUUUGUAGAAGGAGACGAAGACGAAGACGAUGAGAUCGAGAAUAUUUCAGCUGAGGCACCAACUACGAAGUCACUAUCGGAGCGACUCCGUUGUCUGUGUUGGGAACUUUCGCUUGACAGCUCCAAAGCCAAUCUUGUGGAAGAAAUAGAUAUCAAGGAAAUGGAGAGCAAAACAGUCACCGGCGAGUUACGUGUUGAACAAGGCCGUCAAAUUCAAGAACUUGUCCUCGUGCUACCCAACUUGCGGGAGCUUGUGCUCCUGCGAGAGACCAUCGCCGAGAUAGUAUUAACCGACAAUACAAGGGGUUUCUCCGAUCUUCAUUGCAUGGUCGGUCUUCAGUGCUUCACAGGGUUGAAGUCUUUACAAAUACCAGGAUCCCUGUGGCAAUACACGCCCUGGGAUAUGGACGUAGCAGGCUACCACGUUGUGAAAGCUAUGACUAUCAUUAGCGAACAUUCCGCAGAGCCUCCGACGAAAGUCUACUUCAGAGCGCUCAUUUCACUGAGAAUGGAGGUCAUCACUUCCGACUCGGGCCCCCUAAUGUUUGACUGGGGGGAGGAUGGGCCUAAGCACUCGGUUGAUGAAGAUGUCCUGUCUGAUCAUAUCCGUAGCAUAGGAGACAGCUCCCCCUCCCUACGUCGGUGCGCAAUCAUCGACGGUUGUCGAGGUAAUGAGUACUGGGUCCGUGGAGAGAGUGGAUGGACUUUGGCGUGA